UUCAGGUAUCUUACCCUCUAGCUGUUAGUAGGAAAACCAUUUUGAUUCAGGAUCUAACAUGAAAUACAAAGCUUACUCUGUAGCCAAAUCAUAGAAGUUUAAAUUAAAAGCAGAUAUAUUUAAAUAGACAGUUAAGUUGUAUGCCAUAUCUUAAAAAGCUAGGAGUAUUCUUUGAAGGUCUUAAAAUUUGCAUUACCCUUCCUUUUAAUUAUGCUUUUCUUUUUUUUAUCACUAUAUGAGAAAUAAACCUAUUAAAAUGAGAGUUUAGAUUUUCUUUAGGUCCUGGUUAAGUCUUUACCUAUAGUAUCCUGGGAUACAGAGUAAUCGGUAAAUUGUACAUUACUAUGAAUGAGUCUUAACUUGAGUAAUAUAAAUAUUUAUGUAACUUUAACUCUAGAGAAAUAGUAGUUAACUUUUGAUCUACAGUUUAUUUUUCAGUGUUAACAUACCGUAUUUAGGUUAAAACAGAAUUCUGUGUCUUGUGAAACUUUGAACUAUGUUUGUGUAUUUUUAAUAUAUAACUCAUCAAAUAAUUGCUAGUCCUGAAAGAAGGCUUCAGAUGUAUAGUGGUAUCUGUGAUGAAUGUAUCCAACAGCAGUAGGCAUCAGAAAACUAAAAGAGAUUCUAAAAUAGAAUAUACCAGAAGGGGUUGGUAAAUUAUGGCCUAUGUUGUCUGUUUUUGUAAAUAGAAAUGUGUUAAAACACAACUGUAUCCAUUCUUUUACAUGUUGUCCAUGGCUGCUGCCAUGCAACAACUACAGAGUAGAGUAGUUGCAACAGAGACUACAUGGCCCAUAAAAUAAAAAAUAUUUACUAUAUGGCCCUUUUCAGAAAAAAUUUGCCAACCUGCCAUGGGACAUACUCCUCAAGAUCCCUUCCUUAAAAAUACACUUUUCAACUCUUCAUUAUUCUUAGCCCAAUGUGUUUUAUAGAAUAUUAAUAUUCUAUAAGUUAAUAAGUGUUCUGAGAAAAAGAUCAAUACUAACAAUAGUUUUUCUUUAUAGUUUAUCUUAAAAUAUAAGUUUAAGACUACUAAACUCAUUUCUAUAGCUUUUAUUUUUAUGUGAUAAUCUACCUUUAAGAAAAGGUGUGCCACACCUGAGAGCACCAGGAAGUCGCAUGAGAGAUCAUCUGAUACACGAACGUGUGAUGUUCCAUCUGCGCAUUGAUGCAUAGGCAGCAUUUACAAAUUAACUCAUGUGUUGCUAUAUGUCAUCUCUUUGAUGAUUGCUCAUCUUCUAUGUAUCCUGUCUUAUAAUUCAACACACUUGUAAUAACUCAAUGUUUAUUCUAAAUUAACCAUGUUUUGUACCAAAAACACAUUGCCUAUGGAUCUGUUGCUGAAACAAGGAAGUCUUAAACAAGAAGUAGAAUCUUUUUGUUAUCAAAUUGUAUCUGAAUCAAGUGAUCAAAAGGUUGGAAUAUUACAAAGUGAAGAUGAACAGUUGCAGCCUUCAGUUUCUAAAAAAUCAGACGGUGAGCUUCCCAGGGUCAAAUUUAUGUCCAAUUCCAACAAAAUAACAUUUAGUAAGAAACCAAAAAGAAGAAAAUAUGAUGAAAGUUAUUUGUCUUUUGGAUUUACUUACUUUGGAAAUAGAGAUGCACCUCAUGCUCAGUGUGUGUUAUGUAAGAAAAUUUUGUCAAAUAGCUCUUUGGCCCCUAGUAAGCUUCGAAGACAUUUGGAAACUAAACAUGCUGCAUAUAAAGACAAAGACAUAAGCUUUUUCAAGCAACAUCUUGAUUCACCUGAAAACAGUAAACCCCCAACACCUAAAAUUGUCAAUACAGAUAAUGAAAGUGCUACAGAGGCAUCAUACAAUGUAAGUUAUCAUAUAGCCCUGAGUGGAGAGGCUCAUACUAUUGGAGAAUUGCUUAUCAAGCCUUGUGCAAAAGACGUUGUGAUGCGGAUGUUUGACGAACAAUAUAGUAAAAAAAUAGAUGCAGUACAGCUAUCAAACAGUACUGUUGCACGUCGAAUUAAGGAUCUAGCUGCUGACAUUGAAGAAGAGCUAGUUUGUAGACUGAAAAUUUGUGAUGGGUUUUCACUGCAACUAGAUGAAUCAGCUGAUGUUUCAGGACUUGCUGUGCUACUUGUGUUUGUUCGUUACAGGUUUAAUAAGUCUAUUGAGGAAGACCUACUCUUAUGUGAGUCUUUGCAGAGUAAUGCUACUGGUGAAGAAAUUUUCAACUGCAUCAACAGUUUUAUGCAGAAACAUGAAAUUGAAUGGGAAAAAUGUGUUGAUGUUUGUAGUGACGCUUCUCGGGCAAUGGAUGGGAAAAUUGCUGAGGCUGUCAACUUGAUAAAAUAUGUGGCUCCUGAAAGCACCAGUAGUCACUGCCUAUUAUAUAGACAUGCACUAGCAAUUAAAAUAAUGCCUACAUCUCUGAAAAAUGUGUUAGAUCAGGCAGUACAAAUCAUCAAUUACAUUAAAGCUCGACCACAUCAGUCCAGACUACUAAAAAUUUUGUGUGAGGAAAUGGGUGCCCAGCACACAGCACUCCUUCUAAAUACAGAGGUGAGGUGGCUUUCCCGAGGUAAAGUUCUUGUAAGACUUUUUGAGCUUCGUCGUGAACUGUUGGUUUUCAUGGAUUCUGCUUUUCGACUGUCUGAUUGUUUAACAAAUUCAUCUUGGCUGCUAAGACUUGCAUAUCUUGCAGACAUUUUUACUAAAUUAAAUGAGGUUAAUCUGUCAAUGCAAGGAAAAAAUGUGACAGUUUUUACAGUAUUUGAUAAAAUGUCAUCAUUGUUAAGAAAACUGGAAUUUUGGGCCUCAUCUGUAGAAGAAGAGAACUUUGAUUGUUUUCCUACACUCAGUGACUUUUUGACGGAAAUUAAUUCUACAGUUGAUAAAGAUAUUUGCAGUGCCAUUGUGCAGCACCUAAGGGGUUUGCGCUCUACUCUGUUAAAAUAUUUCCCAGUAACUAAUGAUAAUAAUGCUUGGGUUAGAAAUCCAUUUACAAUAACUGUUAAACCAGCCUCAUUAGUAGCACGGGACUAUGAGAGCCUGAUUGAUUUAACAUCUGACUCUCAAGUGAAACAAAAUUUCAGUGAACUUUCACUAAAUGAUUUUUGGAGUAGCCUAAUUCAAGAAUACCCAGUCAUUGCGAGGCGUGCUGUUCGUGUACUGCUUCCCUUUGCUACAAUGCACCUGUGUGAAACAGGAUUUUCAUAUUACGCUGCAACAAAAACGAAAUACAGGAAAAGACUUGAUGCUGCACCUCAUAUGCGGAUUCGACUUAGCAACAUUACACCUAAUAUUAAGCGGAUAUGUGAUAAAAAGACACAAAAACACUGUUCUCAUUAAAAUCAAGGUUUUGCAUGUCUCUUGAUAACCAAGUAUGGGAUGAAAAUAAAAGAUGAUAUACUUCA